CACACACACACAUCGGUGGUUAAAAGUGCGUUGACUGCGAUAAAUGAACCAGACACUUUCCCCAAAAUACACACAUUGAAAACACCUCUCCCUCUCUCUCUCUCUCUCUCUGGAAUACACACAUAAAACCUCGACGCACCAACCCCAUUUUCACCAAUCUCUCGCCGCGAAAAGCUUCUCCGAUCAUCUCCGGCGUCGUGCUGUCUGAUCUGUAGCUGGUGCUGAUGAUGAUGUUGAUUCAGCUGGAAACUAGGGUUUUUUUUAGCUCAAUCUUGUUUUAUCUUCUGUUUUUGUUUGUUAACUUGUCUACAAAUUCGGAUAUUCGGUGGAGUUAAUUGAUCUUGAUUUACCCUCAGAGUUAGGUGUUUGUGGAGAUUUGGGUGAAGACUAAAAGGUGCUUUCUUUUCGGUUACAUAAGGUUGUUUUCAGAUGUGAUGGUGGUCUUUGAUUGAUUGGAGAGUUGGGGGAUUUAGUAGAUUUGGGGAAAAAAUUUAGGGUAUCAAGUUGCAGUUAAAGUUUGAUGGUCUGUAUUUUGUUAUAUUAGUUGUAUUAGUGUAUUAAGCAUGAAGAAGUUGAGGUCAGGGGACGAUCUCAGUUCAUUUGGAGAAAAGGGUGUUUGUAAAGAUUGGGGAAGAAGGGGGGAUGAGGAUUCAAGUCUGAGCCGGUCUUCAUCGCAUCGCAACUUUUAUUACAAGUCUGAGAAUGGAAGGAAGGGCUUAUCAUCAUCUUCUUCUUCUUCUCGGUAUGAUCGGUCAGCUGAUGAUCGCGAGAGCUCACGAUUGAUUAGGAAGCGCUCAGAUUAUGAUUCAGAGAGUUAUGAUAGGAGAAUGAGCUAUGAUCGAUACAGGGAUGGUAGUGACAGGGGCGUUCUGAGCUCUUCACCGCUGGAUGGAUCUGGUGGGGAUAGAAUUCAUCGGUCUGAGAGCUUUUCUGGGACAAGGAGAGAAUUCCCAAAGGGGUAUAGAUCAGAGAGGGAUCGGUCACGGCGAGCGGGUAGUGUUUCGUCGUGGCGGAGAUUCGGAACUGGAAAAGAAGUUGAUGAAGGUACAAGAACUGGUGCUGAUUCAAUUAGAGGGAGUAAGGCUGUAUCGGGAGGUAAAGGGAAUAUGAGGUCCCCACAAGGACUGAAAGAAGCAAAGUCACCACCGUGGUCCAAGGACUCUGAAAGUGAGCAUUCGAAGAUUGUUGAAGUGAUGAAGAAUGAAGAUUUGCCAGCAGAGAGUGGUAGUAGCAGUGAAAUGGAAGAAGGGGAGCUCGAACCUGAACCUGAACCUCAACCUCAACCUGAACCAGCUUGUGAAAGUGAACCUGUAGCUGAAGACGAUGGUCCUGUUGGGUUGAAUCCGGGUCAAAAGGAGCUUGAAAGUGAGCAUCAGGUUCAGGAUAAAUUUAUGGAGGAUGGGGCAAAAUCUUUGUAUGUAGUAGAGCUCAAUAAAGACAGUGUUUCUGAAGAGAAAAAAGAGGUUGGACCGAAGAAAACUGUUACAGAUCUGGUGAAGGAAGUUGAUGAGACACCAAAUAGUCAGAGUAAUUCAGUCCAAAGCACGAAUGGCAAUGAAGAUGUAACUGAAACCACAGCAGACAAUGGCAGUAGCAAGAAGGAAGAGAGACCAAGGGAAAAUAACAGUUGUGAGGGGGAGGAACCAAGCAAGGACACUUUUGUUGAGAAGGCAAUGCCUAUGGAAGAGGAACAUAAAGAAAGCAUGGGCAUAGACCUUGAAGUCAAGGCAGGGGAUACUGAUUUUCCCGAAUCAAAUAAGGAUGCCUCUGAGGGUAGGGGUAUCCCUGAGAUUGCUUUGCCUGUUCUGAAGGAUAAUAUAACCCAGAAUUUCAAGGACAAAGGUAAAAAUGUGGCUGUUUCACCCUCUGAUGUUGGUGAUUCUGCAGAAGAAGAGGUGAAGGUUGAAAAAGAAUCAAACUCCCUCUUAACUAGCAGAGAUAAUGAUAUGGAAGGACCAAGUACCAGGGGGUUGGACUUGUUUUUCAGGGAUCCUGUUAAACAGCCAGAAAAACCAAACCUGUCUGCUCUUAAUAAGCCUAAGGAUGAAAAGCUGGCAAUGGAAUCACUUGAUCUUUCUCUUAGCUUACCAAAUGUUCUGUUGCCUAUUAAUUCCCAUAAUAUGGUUCAGGCUCCUGGUUCCCCAAGUUAUGCAAAAAGUGCUCAGUCCUUCCCUAGCUCAUUCCGUACGAAUUCUGAUGGAUGCACUAUGUCAAUGUCUUUUUCAGGUUCUCAGCCAUUUACACACAAUCCAAGCUGUUCCCUCACACACAAUUCAUUUGAUAAUUAUGAGCAAUCAGUUGGUAGUCGACCCUUGUUUCAGGGAGUGGAUCAGGUUUCACUUGCAACUUGGCAUGGUCAGCCGUCAAAUGAGCAGAAGGACAAAGAAGCUUCGAUGUAUCAAAGGGUAUUAUCAAAUGGAAAUGGCUUUUAUCAUCAAUCUCAGGCAUCACAAUGUAUUUCGAAUGGUCAAGGUGUGCAAGGACAGCAACUUAAAGUUGCAGAAGGAAGCUCCACGAUGCCACAUGGACUGGAUCGACAGUUGAGUUUGCAUAGACAGCUGUCAGGAGUACAGUCAAGGCACCAGAAUGAUGUACGAUCCCCUUCACAGGGUGUUGGGUCUCAUGAAAAUGGUUCAGAAUAUUGUAAAGACAAGAAGCGGGUAACGAGAGAGAAGGAUAGUGGUAGUUUAUAUAAGAAUAGUAAUCAAAUUGAGAAAGGGCAAAUUUUGAUAGCAGGGGCAGACUUUGUUGAGCCCAUAAUCACCAUGAUGAUUUCUGAACCAGUGCAUGUAAUGGCUCAGAAAUUCAAUGAAAUGACUGGACAAUCUAUAGCACGCCUAAAGGAUAGUGUUUGUGAUAUCAUUCUGAAUGCUGGUAAACGGUGGCAACUAUCUGCCUUUCAGAAAGCACUGCAAAAUAGGUCGGACAUUUCUAUGGAGAUGCUGCUGAAGUCUCAUCGAGCUCAAUUGGAAAUCUUGGUGGCUUUGAGAACUGGUAUUCAAGAAUUCCUUCAGAGAAAUUAUGAUAUUUCAACUUCUGAUUUGGCAGAGAUUUUUCUGAAUAUGAGAUGCAGAAAUCUUACUUGUCGGAAUAUUUUGCCCGUGGAUGAAUGUGAUUGCAAGGUCUGCAUGCAGAAGAAUGGUUUCUGUAGCACUUGCAUGUGUCUUGUAUGUUCAAAGUUUGACAUGGCAUCUAACACAUGUAGUUGGGUUGGUUGUGAUGUAUGCCUCCAUUGGUGCCAUGCAGAUUGUGCAUUACGGGAAUCUUAUAUUAGAAAUGGGCGUAGUGCAUCUGGGCCUCAAGGAACCGCAGAAAUGCAAUUCCAUUGUGUUGCCUGCGAUCAUCCAUCUGAGAUGUUUGGCUUUGUGAAGGAAGUUUUUCAGAAUUUUGCAAAGGAGUGGACAGCCGAAACACUUUCCAAGGAGCUUGAAUAUGUUAGAAGAAUUUUCUCUGCUAGUGAGGAUAUGAGAGGGAAACGACUGCAUAAUAUUGCUGUUCUGAUGCUGUCAAGAUUGGCAAACAAAUCUGAUUUUCGAGAGAUUCAAAGCCAGAUUAUAGCUUUCCUUACUGAAAGUGAUUCCUUCAAGUCUAGUAACACUCCCAUUUUGUCUGGGAAGGAGCUAUCCAACAAGAAUCAAGAAGGGAGUAAUGGGAUUCCUGGGUCCAGCCAUGAAGCUGUAUGGCUGAAACAGCUUUAUUCAGAAAAAGCACCUCAAUUGGAGAAAGCUUCCAGUUUACUCCCCAGCUUUAGUUCCGACCAGAACAAUAAGUACAAUGUUGACUCAGAAUUGCUAAGGAGUGCUCAAAAGGAGCCUGUUUUCGAUGAAUUGGAGAGUAUUGUGAGAAUCAAACACGCAGAGGCUAAAAUGUUCCAAACACGUGCUGAUGAUGCAAGAAGAGAAGCUGAAGGGCUGAAACGCAUUGCGGUUGCUAAGAGUGAAAAAAAUGAAGAAGAGUAUACUAGUCGAAUCACGAAAUUGCGUGUGCCUGAGGCUGAGGAAAUGCGCAAACAAAAAAUCGAAGAGCUUCAGGCACUGGAAAGAGCUCAUCGGGAAUACUUCAAUAUGAAGAUGAGGAUGGAAGCAGAUAUUAAAGAUCUGUUGUUGAAAAUGGAAGCUACAAAGCAGAAUCUCACCAUGUGAUUGUCAGGUCAGGUGAGCUUGGCGGAGUUUUCUAUAUGAACUCUCAAACACCCUUGGGUAACUUUUGUAUGAUGUGUUGCUAGUUUAGUGUUCCACCUUAUGUGGCCAUUGAUAUGUAGGUCUGUCUAUCUUUCAAUGUAGUUUUCUUUUUCUUCUUCUUGUGCUGCUAACCAGAUUCUGUACAGAGACUGUUGCAUCUUUUUUAUGUUACUACAAUGAAUUCCUGAUUAAGGAGCACAGAAUCUAUUAAGAGAAUUUGCAGAUCCAAGUUUUCAUUGCCUCAAAAGUCACUCAAUGUGCUUUUCUGCAAUAUCAGGUUUCUUCAGGCCUAGUUGACUGCAAAAUCUUUUAUACAACUUCAAUGAGAAAUCUGAUCUCUGAUGUAGUUGCGUCGUAGUGACGUUACUAGUGUUUGGGUUUAAUACUCUCUUUUAGCUUCAGUUGUAUUGCUCGGCAUUGUCAACUUGUGCUAAUAAUUGAAGGAAUUCCUUAUUUAUCUGAUCUAA